UUUCUCAUACAAUCAAUCUCGUAUAACGAUCAUUGAAACGUCGAUUCACUUUGCAUUGGGGCAGUACUGUUCAGGAUGUCGACAAUGAAAGAUUUCUUUUUGCGGCCUACAUUCGAUUCGGUAGAAGAGGCGCAACAAUGGGAUAAGUUGCAGAGAACUAUCAACCACACUAAACAAUUUAACGUGGACUUCGACCAGAUUGUUGUGCACAAAGAUCUCUACGGAACGUUUUUUUAUUACUACUUGCAAGAGAUUCGCUACCGGAUAAUUCAGAUCUUGUCGGAAUUCACUGUAGUUGAAUGGCGAGAACCAAAACCGGAUAAGGAGCCCGAUCCAUUCGCAGGAUUCGGUCAACCACAACCCAAAGCAGUGCCGAAAGAAGCAAAGGAGCUGGUCAUUCCCGAGUACGGUAUCCGAGUGAAGGGUUACAAGGAAAAGCUACCGCUCGAAUGCUGCGGACAGCAAUUUAAAACAUUGACAAUGCUACGAACACAUUACCACGCUGAACACGAGAAGCACUAUCUUUUCGAGGCAAACACGUGCGAGAUGAAGGCUGCAAUUCUCAAAAUGUGUGUCUUUCGACAUGAACUAGACAAAUUCGUGCGGAGUGGUAUUAAAUCGAACGGCACGCUGAGCUUUUUCCUGCUGAAAAUUUUACGGAAAAUUAUUCCUAUUAUUCGAUAUUAAGUUGUUCUGAGUUAGGGUUAAGCUACAUCGAUGUUUAUGUAUUGAUCUAAAUUACGUAAAAUAAAUAAAAGAUAAGUGAAUUGAAAAAUCAAACUGUAUAAAGUUGUAAAAUAAAAGACUAGUAGGAGAAGAUUUUUGCAGAAUUGUU